UUUAAAGGACCACCCCUUCUUUCAAGACCUUCGAUCCCCAGCUUCUUUCUUCCCAACUCUCUCUCUCUCUCUCUCUCCGGCAGCCCACUUUGUUUGUCCUAAAAAUAUCGACAACGGUACUCCGAAACUUAGUCGAUCAUGGACCGUAGGUUCAUCAACAACCACCCUUUUACGGGUACUGAUCAAGAUGAUCAGAAUGAGGCCACUCCAGAAAACGGCGCUGAAUCCCCGCCUUCUUCCAUCUUCAACGACAUGAAGAUCACCUCCGUUUCGUCCCCAAGAAAAAGGCGUACGAUACAGAAAAGAGUGGUGUCAGUGCCAAUCAAGGACGUGGAAGGGUCCCGGCUCAAGGGGGAGAGCAAUACUCCACCUUCCGAUUCCUGGGCGUGGAGGAAGUACGGUCAGAAACCCAUCAAAGGAUCUCCUUAUCCCAGGGGUUACUAUCGGUGCAGUAGCUCCAAGGGCUGCCCAGCGAGGAAACAAGUAGAGAGGAGCCGUCUGGACCCCACAAUGCUAGUGGUCACCUACUCGUGCGAGCACAACCAUGCCUGGCCGGCUUCUAGAAGCCACCAUAACCAAUCAACGACGCCCAAAACCGAGAAGCCCGAACCGAUUCCGGACAAGCAGCUCGACCAGGAAACGACGUCGUCCGCGGUGCUCGCGGAUCUGGGCGACGAGUCGUUGAUGUUGAGCGACGAGUUCGGGUGGUUCAGCGACAUGGAAACUACGUCGUCCACGGUGCUGGAGAGCCCGAUUUUCGCUGAGAGCAGCGUGGGAGGCGUCUCUGACGUGGCGAUGUUCUUCCCGAUGAGGGAGGAGGACGAGUCCUUGUACGCCGAUCUGGGCGAGUUACCGGAGUGCUCCGUUGUGUUCCGCGGCGUGGGACCAGGAGUCGAGAUCUACUGACACGUGUCUCCAGCCGGACCCACACUAUCCCCCAACCCCAGUUUGUCAACUGUGUGCGUAUCGUGCGCCACAAGAUACCAAUUCUUUUCUCUUUUUAACAUUUUUUUAAUAUUUUUAUCUCUUUCUUUUUUAAAAUUUCCUUGAAUUCAGCGUCGUAAAUGAAUAAAAAAAAAAAAAAAAAGUCUAGUUUGGCUCCGCCCCUCUA